UCCCUCAAAACUUUUGGCUCAUAACGCCACAGCAAAGUAUUACAUUGAUACAGCUCAGUCUGCAUUGUUGUUAUAUCGGCCAGAAUGAUAGAUUCAAGGAAGAUUCUGCACAGAAAAUUAAUUUCCAAUAAACAGGGAUUGUCUGUGAAUACGAACACAAGAGAGUCAUGGGAAAUCGCAACAAGGAGAAUGGUGUUUAUUUGGAAAGAAACAACGACAAAUCUAAGUCAUCAUCUAAUGACCAAGCCAGCCUGAGUACCGCCAUCAUGUCCAUCCUUGGUGUAAUGUUUGCAAUAUUCUGUGUUGCAUUCCGAUCCACUCUUCUUCAUCAUGGCCAAUCAUUGUGGUUUGCAUCCGGGAACUUCAUAGCCAGGCAGUGGGGAGUCUUCUAUGACUAUUUUGAUGGAAAUCUGGCUAAAAUGGGAAUAGCUCUUCAUUGUGUGUUUGUUUUGGAGUAUUGGUUGCUAGGGGGAUUGUUUCUCAUCACAGAUCUGACUGGAAAACCAAAGUUCAUCCGCAAAUACAAAGUACAGUUAGAUGAAACAGAGAUUCCAGGGGAUAAAUUACGACGUACAUUAUGGACUGUUUUCCUGAACCAUACAAUCUACAGUGCUCCUAUCCUGAUAUGUCAUUACUAUGCUGGUGUGUGGAGGGGGUGUGUCUGGUCUGUUCAUGAUCUACCCACCUUACCGACUCUCAUCAUUCAGUUGGUCAUAUUUGCUAUAGUAGAAGAAUUCGGAUUUUACUACAGUCACAGGAUGCUCCACCUGCCAUUCUUCUACAAACCAAUCCACAAGCAGCAUCACGAAUGGAUCGCACCCAUCGGAUUCGUCACAUCCUACGCUCAUCCCUUUGAGAACUUCAUCUCCAACAUGCUCCCAGCUAUCACUAGCUCCCUUCUCAUUGGUUCACAUCUUCUUACCUAUUAUUUCUGGAUCAUUCAGGGACAAUACAUCUCAAUAGUCCACCACUCUGGAUACCACCUACCUCUUCUCCCGUCUCCUGAAUUCCAUGACUACCACCAUCUCAAGUUCACCAAUAACUAUGGUGUACUAGGCCUCCUGGACUGGUUUCACGGAACAGAUGUUAACUACAAGAAAUCAAAACAAUUCCUGAGACACAAGACCCUUUAUGGAAUUACACCAAUCAGCCAACUCAUUCCUGACGAUAAAAAUUGAAACAAGAAAUGAAAAUGUACAACUGUUUAGUAGGCAGUCUGUUUCAGUAUAAAGUGUCAAUAAAAAUAUUCAUUUUUACUAAUUAUGUGGCCCUAUGUAGAUAAUCAUGUUUUUAAGAAAGCUUGUUAGAGAUCAACCAUUGAAUAAAAAUAAUCUUUAUGGAAUUUUGCGUAUAGUAAACCAAUCACUAUUUCUUUUGUAUUUUGUUCUGAAAUACAGAAUAUUUUAUUUUGUGAAUUUGACAUUAAGGAAGCAUCUGUAUGAAUUACAAUAGGUUGUAACAAAAAUAACACAUUUCCGGCGAAAAAUCAAACAUUGUUUUACAUUAAAAUGGGUAAAAUAAAGGUAUUUUAUAAUUCAUGUCUUAAAAUACAAAAGAAACAAUAAAUGGGUGAUGAUAUCAAUUUACCCAAUUGCAUACUGACCAGGAUGUGCCCAUCACUGUUUUGUUAGAACAUAAGAGAAACUUUAAAACGUCAUAAUGUAUUUUUUUUCUUAUACAUCCGAUUUUUAUCAAAUUUUCAGCGUUUUAUUGUAUUGUAUUCAUUUUCCGUCAAUUAAAAAGAAUAACAAUGAUAGAUAUAUCUACAAUUACAAAGAAAUGAUAAUUAAAAGGACGGGGGAUUGCCCUACUAAGCGUUGAUAACAUAUCAACGCUGUUUUACAGAGGGGUCCCUUACAUAGAUAUACAUGUAAACAUAAUACAGGAAAGGAAAAACUUAGUUGACUUACGUUAAAGACGUUGACAAAAUGUGAAAAAGUAAGAAGAAACAUAUGUACAAUAUAUACACAAGAUAAGAAAGUAAGAAUGAGGGAUCUGAGCUAAAAGUUACAAGAAGUCUGGAAAAUGUUUUUAAGGCCUUUUUUUAAUGCAUCGAUAUUUUCCAAUAAUUUAAUGUGAUGGGGAAGAGUAUCAUAAUAAGAUGCACCUCUGUAUUGGAUAGUGCGACGAGAGUAUUCUGUUUUGGGUUUGGGUAAAGCAAAGUUAUGAGAAUUACGUAGUGAAUAAUGAUGAGAAGGUGGUUGAAACAUAUCGGACAUGAUUGGAGAUAACAUGUCAUGGACUGGUUUAUAAAUAAAUAUGUUAGGAUUUUAUAUAACUUAGUUAUAUAAGCUUCCUUGAAUAUGACAAAAAAAAUCAUGAAUCACCGGG